GCCGCGGGCAUCCACCACUGGGCCGAGCUGCGCGCCGCUGCGGCCGCCGGCGACGCCGCCGAGCUGGCGCAGCUGCUGGGGGACCCAGAGGCCGCCGCCCCCUUACUCGCCGCCGCCGACCCCGCGACCGGCCGCACCGCCCUGCAUUUAGCGGCCGCCGCCGGCCACGCAGCCGCGGUGACGCUCCUGCUGCGGCGCGGCGCGGACCCGAACGCGCGCGACGGCACCCCCGCGCGUGCGCCGCCGCUGCACGGGGCCGCCGCGGGCGGCCACGCAGAGGCGGUAGAGGCGCUGCUCGCAGGCGGCGCGCGCAUCGACACGGAAGACGCCGACGGGCAGCAGGCCGCGCACGCCGCCUGCUGUAGCGUGCCGGUGCUGCGGGUACUGCUGCUGCGCGGCGCCCUCGCGGACGCGCGGGGAUCAGCCGACAGGCGCACGCCGCUCAUGCGGGCAGCAGAGGAGGGCUGCGAAGACGCGGUGGCGUACCUAAUCGACGAAGCGGGGGCCGACGUGCACGCGCAAGACGAGGGCGGCAUGGGCGCGUGCCACCACGCCGCGGCCGGCG